AUGAGGGCGUCAGCUGAUGUCAGAAACGAUAAGGCCGUGAUUGGAGGAAGCCUGUUUGACCAGAUCGCCUUAGCAGGUGGCGACUUUGUCGUGGUCCUUAAGCAAAACAGGCCGAAGUCUCUGGCUGAGGAGCUGCAGGCUGCCUUGGGGGAUCCCCGGGAAACCUACCGGGACCACGUCCGCAGGAAAUUCCGGCUGAUGGAGGACCGCAACGCGCGCCUGGGCGAGUGCGUCAACUUCAGCCACCGCUACACGCGGCUGCUCCUGGUGAAGGAGCACUCCACCCCGCUGUGGGCCCAGCAGAAGCUGCUGGACAUGGGCCGGGCGCACGCGAGGGCCGGGGGACACCAGGCCAGCCUCAUCCAGAUGGACACGCUGUUCGAGCCGGACGCCGAGCGGCCGGAGCCCCCGCGCACCGUGGUCCUGCAGGGCGCGGCGGGCAUGGGCAAGUCCAUGCUGGCCCACAAGGCCAUGCUGGACUGGGCCGACGGCCGGCUCUUCCAGGGCCGCUUCGACUACCUCUUCUACAUCAACUGCCGGGAGAUCAUCGACGGCUUCGACGAGCUGCAGCCCUCCUUCCACGACCCCCGCGGCCCCUGGUGCGUGUGCUGGGAGGAGAAGCGGCCCCCCGAGCUGCUCCUCAGCAGCCUGAUCCACAAGAAGCUGCUGCCCGAGGCCUCUCUGCUCAUCACCACCAGGCCCACGGCGCUGGAGAAGCUGCAGCGGCUGCUGGAGUAUCCCAGGCACGUGGAGAUCCUGGGCUUCUCGGAGGCCGAGAGGAAGGAGUACUUCUACAAGUACUUCCAGGACGCCGAGCAGGCCCGCCACGUCUUCGGCUUCGUGCGGGACAACGAGCCCCUGUUCACGCUGUGCUUCGUGCCCCUGGUGUGCUGGGUGGUGUGCACCUGCCUCAAGCAGCAGCUGGAGGGCGGGGGGCUCCGGAGACAGGCCACCCGGACCACCACGGCCGUGUACCUGCUCUACCUGCUGAGCCUGAUGCAGCCCAAACCGGGGUCCCCGACGGUCCAGCACCUGCCCAACCAGACCGGGCUGUGCUCCCUGGCGGCCGACGGCCUCUGGAGCCAGAAGAUCCUCUUCGAGGAGCAGGACCUGCGGAGGCACGGCCUGGACGGGGCGGACGUCUCCUCCUUCCUCAACAUGAACAUCUUCCAGAAGGACAUCAACUGCGAGAAGUUCUACAGCUUCAUCCACCUGAGCUUCCAGGAGUUCUUCGCCGCCGUGUACUACGUCCUGGACGGGGCGGACCGGGCGGCCGGCCCGGAGCGGAGCCUGGCCCGGCUGCUGGCCGAGUACGGGCUGUCCGAGAGGAGCGCCCUGGCGCUCACCGUCCGCUUCCUGUUCGGGCUCCUGAACGCGGAGGCCAGGAGCUACCUGGAGAAGACGCUGGGCUGGAAGGUCUCGCCGCGCGUCCAGGUGGAGCUGCUGGAGUGGAUCCGGGGCAAGGCCCUGAGCGAGGGCUCCACGCUGCAGCAGGGCGCCCUGGAGCUGCUCAGCUGCCUCUACGAGAUCCAGGAGGAGGCCUUCAUCCGGCGGGCCCUGAGCCACUUCCAGGUGGUCGUGGUCAGCAACAUGGCCACCAAGAUGGAGCACGCGGUCUCCGCCUUCUGCCUGAAGCACUGCGCCAACGCCCUGGUGCUGCACCUGCACGGGGCCGCCUACCGGGCGGACGAGGAGGAGGAAGAGGAAGAGGAGGAGGAGGGGGCCAGGCGGGCAUCGGGGGCCCAGACGCUACUGGCACCAUCCCCCGAGAGGAACGUUUUGCCAGACGCCUACAGCGACCAGCUGGCCACCGCUCUCAGCUCCAACCCGAAUCUGAUAGAGCUGGCUUUGCACCACAAUGCCUUGGGGAGCCAGGGGGUGAAGCUGCUGUGUCAAGGGCUCAGACACCCCAACUGCAAACUUCAGAAUCUGAGGCUGAAGAGGUGCCGGGUGCCCAGCGCCGCCUGCCAGGACCUGGCCGCCGCGCUGGCCGCCAACAAGAACUUGAUGAGGAUGGACCUGAGCAGCAACGCCCUGGGGCUGCCCGGCGUGAGGCUGCUCUGCGAGGGGCUGCGGCACCCCAAGUGCAGGCUGCAGAUGCUCCAGUUGCGGAAGUGCCAGCUGGAGGCGGGGGCCGGGCAGGAGGUGGCCUCGGUGCUCAGCUCCAACCGCCACCUGGUGGAGCUGGACCUGACGGGCAACGCGCUGGAGGACACGGGGCUGCGGCGGCUGUGCGAGGGCCUGAGGCACCCGGUCUGCAGGCUGCAGAUCCUGUGGUUAAAGAUCUGUCACCUCACUGCUGCAGCCUGUGAAGACCUGGCCUCCACCCUCCCUGUGAACCAGAGCCUGAUGGAGCUGGACCUCGGCCUGAACGACCUGGGGGACCCCGGGGUGCUGCUGCUGUGUGAGGGCCUCAGGCACCCCCAGUGCAAACUCCAGACCCUCCGGCUGGGCAUCUGCCGGCUCAGCUCCGCCGCCUGCGAGGGCCUGGCUGCCGUGCUCCAGUCCAACCGCCACCUCCGGGAGCUGGACCUGAGUUUCAACGACCUGGGCGACCGGGGCAUGUGGUGGCUGUGCGAGGGGCUGCAGCACCCCACCUGCAGGCUCCAGAAGCUGUGGCUGGACAGCUGCGGCCUCACCGCCAAAUCCUGUGAGGAUCUCUCCUCCACCCUGGGGGUCAACCAGACCCUGACCGAGCUCUACCUGACCAACAACGCCCUGGGCAACACGGGCGUCCGGCGGCUGUGCAAGCGGCUGAGGCAUCCCGGCUGCAAACUGCGGGUCCUGUGGCUGUUCGGCGUGAACCUGAGCACGGUCACCCACAGGGAGCUGGCGGCCCUCCGCUGGACCAAGCCUUCCCUGGACAUUGGCUGCUGACCGCUCCUGCUCCUGCUCCUGCCCUGCCCGUGUCGCCGCUGCAGGAGGCAG